UUGCAUAUUGCAUUGCUUAGUUUCCCUUCAGUUUUGGUGAAAUUCUCCGCACGGUGCCUCCCGGGCCUCUCUGAGUUCCCCAUGACGCGAAGGCCCCGAUGCACGUGCCAAAUCGCCGCCGUUCGUGUUGCAGUUUAGCCCCAAUUUCCCACGGCUGAUCUGUGUCAAAUGUGUUAUGAAGUGCAGUGGAUUGAGCAUUUGAUUACUGAAGUGCAGCGGAUUGAGCAUUUGAUUACCCCUUUCAGUGAAAGUGAAGGCAAUAAGCAUAAGCCAUGUCCCUCGUAUCUCCCACCCUCUCCUUCAAACCCUCUUUCCCAUCCACCAAACUCCAACCCUUCAGGCCCCAAUUCAGACGCAACCUUAUCGCCUUUUCCCCCAAACCUCCCACCUUCUCCCUCGCAAAGCGUUUCGCGCUAAACGACAACGACAAUGCCGGUGACGUUUUCACGGUUUUCACGGCCAUCGAUGAAGCAGAGAAAGAGGCGCGAGGAAAGAGCACCAUGCCCCAACGCUUUCGCUACCUCUCCAAAGAAGUUCCCGCUCCUCCUGUUAGGUGGCCAUGGUUUCUGGUACUGGGUUUUCUUAUCUAUGCUUGGAGAGCUGUUCUGUUUGAACUGUCAAACUGGAAGAAUGCUGCAUUGGUGAUUGCCCGUUUUAUAGGGUACGUCUUGAAAUACGCCUUUGCAGUAGUCUACCAUUUCAUAGGAAGUCCGAUAACUUUCUCAAUUAGAUGCAUGGAGGAUUUAUUUUACACAGUUCGGGCUUGCUACUCAUGGAUAAUUGGCAAUGCUCCCGUACCGGACCUGACCAUCAUCAUUGUUCUGGCAUCAAUUGUUUUAGCUGUUGCCGAAGCUACUGUACCAAACAGCAUCAACAGCCAACCUUAUGUUUUGACUGUAUCUGGUCUUAUUGGCUAUGCCGCUGUUAGAGGAUAUAUUUCUGAACCAUUGUUCUGGACCCUUCUUCUUGGGGUGUAUGCUUUUUCAAAGUUUCUCAAAAAGAGAGAUGAUGUUUCAGCUGCAAUGCCUGUCGCUGCUGUGCUUGCUGGUGUUGGGGAGCCGUGGGUUAGAGUUUUGGUGAUUGUUUCAUACACGGCCUUAGCCAUUUAUCAGUAUUCCAAAAGUCUUUCUGAAGGGAAAGAAGUUGGAGAAGUUGAAACAAGAGAGAUGAGGCUUCCAAUUCCACUUCUUCUUGCAGCUUUAGCUAUUGGUUUGCGAGUUGCUGCCAAGUGGGCCGGCUACCGGCACUUGACAUGGAUGAUUGCAUGACUGUUGAGAACUACUGUACCAGAGUCUAAAGAAGAAUGAAGUUUGAUGGUGUAUGAAGUUGAGGUAGGACAUGACAUAGAUGGAUAGAGGUUAUUUUGCUGUUCUCCUGAUGCAAUUAUUGUAUUGUUCUUUUGCAUGCUUUGAAAUGGUGCAGGGAAUCACUAGGCUGUGCCUGUGCAUAUAAGCUUCUUGUUAGACUAUCAGUGAAUUCAUUUUUGCAAUUUUGAUUUGCUGCCAGUGCAGCUUAAAUCUUAUUUGUCAUACCAACGUUGGGUUUUAUGUUUGAAACUUUGUAGAGUUGAUGAAAUGAAAUGUAAGAGAAAGGGAUGGAAUAGAAAAUGAUUUUGGAUUAUCAACAA